AUGUCUAAUUCAUCUCUUGAUAUAUUACCUGUUGAAAUUCUUCAUCAUAUUCUCGAUAAUCUUGAUAUUCAAACAAUUCUCUUUUCAUUUCGUUAUGUAUGUAAACGUUUUGAUUUAAUUACAAAUUCAUAUAAUUAUUUUAAUUUUAAUUUUGAAUCUAUAUCAAAAACAAAAUUUCUUCGUAUUUGUCAUAUGAUUCCAUUUGAACAAGUUGUUUCAUUAACAUUAUCUGAUAAAGAUAAAACUCAUGGUCAAAUACAAUUAUUUAUUUCAUUAUUCGAUAUUAAUCAAUUUCUUCGACUUCGUUCAUUAAAACUUAUUCGAAUUGAAUCUAAUCAUUUAAAAAUAUUUUUGGAUUAUACUAUUCAUUCUUCAUUAAUUUCUCUAUCAAUUGAUUCACAAACAUUAAAUAUUGGUAAAAAUCCUGUAUUAACUCUUUUAUCAUCAACUAUAGAACAUUAUACUCUUCAAAAACUUGAUUUAAAUAUUUGGCCAAAAAAUAUGAAAGAAUUUCAAUGGCCUAUUAAUUGUACUAUAAAGUAUCUUAGCAUAAAGAACAGUAUAACACUUAAUCAAUUCUAUAUUAUUCUUGAAUAUUCUCCGUGUUUACAAACAAUAAUUUUAAAAGAUUUUAAUGCCAAUGAUACUGAUGAAAAUAUUUCAAUAGAUGUAAAUCAAACACCAUUUUUACAAUUAAAAUCAUUGACAUGUGAAGGUGGUCGUAUACAAAUGAAUAAACUUGAAUUAUGUCUUUCAUUAACACCUGCACUUAUUUAUCUUAAAUUAAUUGGUUCAGGAAAUUUAUUUAAUUCUUCAUUUGAUGGUUAUCGAUGGGAACAAUUAAUUAAAACAAAACUUCCUUUAUUAGAAAAAUUUGAUUUUUUUAUUUCAGUUUUUACUCAUGUAAAUUUUGAUACAAAUUAUAUCGAACAAAUUAUUUCACUUUAUCAAACAUCAUUUUGGCUUGAUGAAAAACAUUGUCUUGUUAUAUGUGAUUAUAUUAUUUAUAUACAUAAACUUAUACUUUAUUCAUUACCAAUAUGUAAUUUACAUUUUGUAUAUCAUUCAGAAAAAAGUAAAGUUUCUGCUUCGAAUUUUACAAUAAAUAAUCAUGAUCCAAUGAUGAUGGAUAAUGUUAAACAAUUAGAUAUACAUUUAAGUAAAGUUAUGGAUAGUGAUGAAAUAGAAAAUAUUAAUUAUUUACAAUUUCGAAAUGUUACUGAACUUACUCUUGGUAUUGCUGAUGAAUGGCCUGAAAAUUCAUUUAGAUUUCUUUCGACAACAAUCAAUCUUUUUAAUAUUGUAAAACUUUCAUUAUCUAUUAAUUUUUCUUAUGAAUAUAUGCCAAGUAUUGUUCAUAGUAUUAAAAAAUUACUCAUAUAUGCUCAUAAUAUUAAUAUAUUAUCUUUAUUUGAUUAUUGGGCUUCAAAUGAUUAUACAACAAGUAUUGAAACAAUAUAUUCAAUGAUAACUCCAAAUAUAAAACAUUUACAUAUUCGAGUCAAAAAUAGUGAUGAUAUUAAAUUUAUUAUUGAAAAUUUUAAACAUUUAAAAAGUGUUACUUUUGAACAUGCACAAAAUUUGAUUUUAACUAAUAGCAAAUUUAUUGAAUAUCUACCAGUUAUGAAAAGACAUGUCUCACGAUGGGAAAGUCAAUAUACUUUGCAUGUAUGGCUUGAUAAUAAUUAA